AUGAAAGAUCUUGGCAACUUUACUAUCCCUUGUUCAAUUGGGAACCAUUAUUUGGGAAAAGCUUUAUGCGACUUGGGAGCUAGCAUCAACCUAAUGCCACUAUCUACUUUUAGAACGUUGGGAAUUGGUCACAUGAAACCUACUACAGUGACAUUGCAGCUAGCUUAUCGAUCAUUUGCUCAACCUAAAGGGCAAAUCAAAUAUAUCUUAGUUCAUAUGGAUAAAUUUGUUUUUCCAACUAAUUUUAUCAUACUUGACUGCAAGGAAGACAAUGAGGUUCCCAUAAUCUUGGGACAACCAUUUUUAGCCAUCGGACGAACUCUUAUUGAUGAUUAUAAAGGUGAACUGACCAUGCGACUUAAUGAUGAGCACAUUACCUUCAGUGUUUUCGAAUCUAUUCAAUGCAAGGAUAAAGAAGAAUGCCAUGCUAUCGAUGUGUUAGAUGAUUUAAUUGAGGAAGAAUUCAAUGACCAAAGCACAAUGGUUUCUGAGGAGUUUGUAGUGAAAUCUAAUGAUGAAUUCUUAGAUAAUUGUGAUAGCAUGGUUGAAGCUAAUAAUAUUGAACUCAAGCAUGGAUGGCAGAUUGAAUCCUUAGGCUUAGCCAAUAGAACAACUCUAAUUUUCAAGCCAUCUAUCGACAAAGCUCCUACUCUGGAAUUGAAACCACUAGUAACUCAUGUUAAAUACGUCUUUCUAGCUGCUAACAAUACUCUCCCAAUUAUUGUCUUCGUAACACUGGAUGUAACUCAAGAAUAG